AUGGAGGAUUUACUUUUACAAAUUUCUAAUGAAUGCUCCAAUAAUAAAUUAUCACAGCUUAAAACUGCAUCUACAACAGCAUAUGAUUUGCUUCAAAAUCAAAAUAGUCUUUUGCGCGAACCAGCCCACGAGCUGAGAGCGAAAUGUUUUAAUGUAUUCCAAAUAGCACUGGAGACCAAAAAGAGUAAGUUCGUAGCACUUGCACUUUCUGGAUUUCAUAAAAUCCUACGAGAUGAUAGAUUUCAGUCCAAUUUCGAACCUGAAGAUGAUUCUUUAUGGAUGCCUUCCCAAUUCCUUCAUGCAGUGUCUUCCAUAUUAUCACAGUCUGAUGAUACCCAAGUUGAUAUUCUGAAAGUUUUAUUAAAUGUAGCAUGUUCCACUUAUUGGACAAUAAAUGGUAGAAUUAUUAUUCAAAUGUUAGCAUUAUGCUGUGAAGUUUAUGAAUGUGGAACAGAAGCAGUAAAAACAGCUUCACAAGCAGCUGCUAAUCAAACCUUGCGUGCUUUCUGCCAUGUACUAGAUGUUGAAUCUCAGGAAGCGAAAGAUAAUAAGAUGCAUGAAGUGGGAAGUGGAGGAAUCGACUGUUUUAACGAGCUUAUUCCUAUUCUCCAAUAUAUUUGUAGUCGACUAGACGAAGCCCAGAGCAUACAGAGUGGAUCCUCCACACUCCUGCUUCUUGAAGGGCUUCACACCGUUGUCUUAAGCCUUCCACAGAGAGUUCAUACGAAUUCGCAUUUCACUAAAUUUCUCUGGCAGAAAUUGUGCCCUGUCCUCAUUGGGCUGAUGUCUUCUCCAAGAUCUAGCACUUUGACAUUUUCUCGUUUGCAACCUGUUGAAACUCAUCCGCACCUUAAAAUUAUUUACAGCAUUGCUGGGCAGUUGGUACGAGUCGUUGGCUGCGUUGGUUCAUUACGACCUGUAUUAGAAUCGGUAUACCAUCGUAUGCUUUUAUAUCCUAAAGUACAGCAUAGGUUGGAUUCUCUAAAAGCUCUUACAGAGCUUUGGAGGAGUCCUAACCGACUUGUUGAUUUUGCUGGACCAUUGUUAAUAGAAGAUGAUAGGGGAUGUCAACAAAGUGAUAUGGCCCUAACUAGAUUAGUUAUGGACUCUCUCCAGGAAUGUAGUCAAAGUAAAGACCUGAGUAUAUUGAGCGCUACGGUCUCUUGUGUUGAAACUCUCUUGGCGACGUUGCUUCAAUUGUCCACCGGCCAAUGUAUUAAUCAUGUAUAUGUUACCAAGAUUAAUUCUAUUUUUUCUUCAUUAUCCUCAUGCGAUUAUAAAGGUCCAUUGACUUACCAAACAUUGUGCCGAUUGCCGAAGGUUUACACUGAUAGUGUUUGUGCCAUGAGAAAAUUGGAAAUUGAAGAUGGGGAAAGGGAAGAAGGAGAUGGGACUAGCGAAGAGAGCAGCAAUUGCUCCGAUAUGACAGAUGACCAUCCGGAUUUCUCAGAUGUGGAUGAUAUGGACGAAUAUCCUACAAAAAUAGGUUUCCCUGAAGCCCUUGGUUCAAUAAGAACAGAAAAGGUCUACAGUAAAGAAAGCGGUGACUGUGAAAGAGAUAAUGCUAGACAUUUUAUAGACACCCUAUUGGAAUUCUUACCAUCUAUUGUAAAUAUUAGGUAUGCCAUUGAAAUCGAUGACGCAUUACAAAAAUUUGCUUCCAAUUACUGUCAAGGUUUAUAUUAUGAAAAAUCAAAACAUGAAGAUAUAGAAUCGACAAUAGUGAAUGCUGAUGGUAUCUACUUGGCUACAUAUUCAGCUUUAUUGCUAAAUUUGAAAUUGAUAAAUCAGGGUUAUUACACGGAUGAGUCGAGUGAUAUCCCAAUGACAGAGGCUCAGUUUGUCACCGAAGUUGAGGAAAGCGGUGUCUUGGUAUAUCUGUCAUCUAGGUGGCUGUGUGAAGUCUACCAACAGGUUAUAUGCAAUGACCUUCUCACAGUUACUGGCUGCUCUUCAAAUGUCGCUCUAACAAAUUUGUUAUCAGAUCUGGGAGGAAUAUCAUUCGAAAGUGAAGUUCUUUCAGACUGCUUGAAGCUGGAGAAAGCCUCUUUGCGACAACAUAAUACACCUGAAAUUCAAGCUGGCUUGAAGCUUACAAGAAGAAUGUUAACUUGCUGUUGGGAGUCGAUACUUGCGGUGCUGACUGUUGGGGUAAAGGGAGAUCAAUCAGUCGUACCCGUGAGCCUUCAGGCUUUGCACAAUGCUGCUCUUCUAUGUAACGCUACAGGACUCCAGAGGAGAAGCGGAACUGUUUUCUGCCUGUUAAGUAACGCCUGCUGUAAUCCGCAAGAUGGGAAGCCUACGCUGUACGCCAGCCAUGCUCUCAGCUUAGAUGUCUUGCUGAGCAGGUCCCUUGAACUCGCCAGCCACGCUCCUCAGUCCUGGCCUUAUGUUCUCAAAUGCUGCAUGCAUGUUGCUAGACUGGAACACACAGUUGUCCAUUCACAGUCCCUAAAAUUCACUACAAAAUUGGGUGUUAUACAACCUGAAAAACAAGAUAUUAAUUUGCCUGUUGAUGGAGAUGUAUCAGCGUUAUUGGGAGAAUUGUCUGGAGUUUCACCAUUACCUCAUUCUGUCGCAGUCAGUGUUUUGGGUAUUCUCUCGCAUCAUAUCGACAGGCUUUUUGAAAAUGCUGCGAUCAAACUGAAGCUGAGUCCUCUUCUGAGCUUCUGUAGCGCUGUAUGCUCCUCCUCAGAAAAGCAGCUGAGGAUGCUGAAGGAAGACGGCUCCCGACCGAGCAGGUGGUGGGUGCCCAAGCCUAGCAGUUCUGCCCCACCACCACCAUUGCUCCUCUCUCGCCUCAGUCAGUUAUUGAUUAAGUCGGCCAGGUCUGGUCGUCCCCUUGUACACGUAAUGAAGUUAUGGUCUGCUGUCGGCCCUCACUUGAUGCAUGCAGCGUGUCACAAAGAUCCAGGGAUUUCUAAGUUAGCCGUGACUUCAAUUCACGAUGUAAUGGUAACUCUCCUGAACGAAAACUCGGAGCUUCCUCAUUUUCAUUUCAAUGAAGCUUUGUUCAAACCGUUCGAAAAUCUGCUUUGCCUAGAGCUCUGUGACAGCGAUAUUCAAGACUUGGUUGUCAAUUGCAUUUGCGAGUUCGUCGAGACCAGCCAAGGGGAAAUAAGAUCUGGCUGGAGACCUCUCUUCCGCUCCCUCGGAGGCGUAGCCACCCCCAGCCAUAUUUCUUCUCUUUUAGAGGUUUUUCAUGUAUUUAUCGGUACUGAUAGCCCUCAGGUCUUUGCGAAUGCUGCAAUGGAUUUCAUCCAUUGUCUGGUCAAGCAUGUGAGGUGCAAUGGUGUGGAAGAAGAAAUUGACGAAGAUACAGACUGUCGAUCUGUUUUGAAUUAUGUUACAAGAUGUAGUCAGAUGCUAUGUGCAAUGUACUCCAUGCCAUCUUGCCCAAGAUUCAACACGGCUAGAAGGCUAGAAGAGCGGUUAGAAGAAGGUCGUGAAAUUCUAAUAAAAGACGUUGGCGGUUCGCUGGCAGUCUGGGCAGAGUUGGUUGAAGGUUUAGCUUCCGUAGUUCCUUUAUGCCCUCCUCUGUACCAGUCACCGGUUCUAGACACACUUUUCACUAUACUAACUGACACGAUAGAAAAUCCGGGAAUCAAUUACACAAUAUUUUGUGUCACGUACAUAAUCAUAUCAAUGAUUCAAAGGUGGAUUCUAACCAAUAGCCAUAAUAUUACUCUAUGGGAGAAGCAAGUCAGUAGUUUCAAACAAUAUUGUGGUCAGACGACUCAUUUUGUAGUGAGGCUUAUUGGUCUACUUCAAGGCGUAGACACCACAGACCAGGGUAGUUUUAUGCUUCAGAAGUUGGUUGACAUCAUGAUUGAGUGCGUUACGGUUCCUGUGGAGAGUGUCGCGAGACUUGGCUGUGCUUGCCUCAGACAUGUAGUUGUGAAUAGUGGAAAUAAAUUAAGCCGAGAAGACUGGGGUAUUGUUGCACAUGGGGUUGCUCGUGCCGCUACGCUCGUUCUGAACCCAUUGGUUACGUUGAACGCUGUCUUCAGUCACAACUGUCACAUGUACUACGGUGACGUAGCGCAUAUCAAGGUGGCUGCCAGGAGAGACUCCAACAUGAGUCGCAACCUCAGGCUACGACAUCUGGCUCAGCAGUGCUUUGUUUCCUGCUUUUCUUGAGUCACAUUUUAUCUUGAGUUGUAGCAGCUUUUUGUGUCGCAACUUUAGUGAAGGUAUUGCUGUUGGAAAGUCAAAGAAUGGAUUUAAGUCCGGCCGAAAAAGAUGAGAACAGUGAUGAACGAAGUUAUGUUCUGUUGAUUUAUGAAGAUGUGAACGCUAAUACAACUAAAGAUUGUGUGCCACUUUGUAAUUUAUUGGUUUCCCUUCUUGCACACCAGAUGCUUUUGCAAACAAUCGGCACCAUUUUGUUACAAGGGACCCAACAUAUUAUUCCUAGUUUAGCUGCUGUUGUGCCUAAUAAGAACAACCAAAGAAUACUUCUAAGCCUUCCAGAGGAAGCCAUUGAAGAAUUAUUAAAGUGCUUAGAGUUGUCUUAUGCCACUGCAGUAGAGUUCGACUCGAGACCUGGAUUGAAAUUCCUGCUUCAAAAAGUAGCACAGCUGGACCGAGCCGCAAAUCUCUACAGGCAGGCAGGAGCAGCUUGGACCAUCAAUUUGAUAACCCUCUUCGACCUCUGUAUCUGUAAAAGCGAAACGGUAGAUAAUAGCAGUAUUAAAGAUAUGAAAGAAUUUCUUCCAAAGCUUCGUCAAAGCCUAGAACAACUUUGCGAUACAUACAUUGACGUUCUUCUAGAUAAAGACGGGGUUCAUUCCGUCGUUGAUAAGAUCAAUGAAAAAAUUACUUUUAUCAUUGCCGAGACUGAUGAGCUUCCUGUAUCCAAUGGCAGCCAAGUCUCAAAUAAUGAAGAAGAGAAUGUCGUUGAAGAAAACUCGGCUGAAGAGAAAAAAGAAGAUUCUGAAAAUGGUAUUGAGAUACCAGAGCCUGAUGAAUCUGAAGUUGAAAAGAACUCAUUAUUAGCGGAAAUCGAGAGGCAAAAAAGAGACAGCAUAUGCAAGGACAGGGAGGCUCACAUGGGUGUCUGGGCCGAAAUGUUGGUCUCAGCUUUGGAGUUACUCUGCCAGUUGGACAGCGAUCAGUUGAAAACAUUGCUUCCGGCUGUAUUCCCUACUGUAAGGUCUCUAAUCGCGCAUGCAACACAUUCGUCAUUGAAAUAUCAGCUUGCUUCUUUAUAUGAUAAGUUAGCUUUAAUAUAUGGCUUUAACCAAGUGGAUUAAUU